AUGAGGCUAUUUGCAAUUUGGCACAUAGAUGUGUCUUUAUACUGUGACACAGUCUGGUUAGGAAGGCCUGGCGUGACAGUCUGGUUAGGAAGGCCUGGUGUGACAGUCUGGUUAGGAAGGCCUAACAGGCUGGUUAGGAAGGCCUGGCGUGACAGUCUGGUUAGGAAGGCCUGGCGUGACAGUCUGGUUAGGAAGGCCUGGCGUGACAGUCUGGUUAGGAAGGCCUGGCGUGACAGUCUGGUUAGGAAGGCCUGGCGUGACAGUCUGGUUAGGAAGGCCUGGCGUGACAGUCUGGUUAGGAAGGCCUGGCGUGACAGUCUGGUUAGGAAGGCCUGGCGUGACAGUCUGGUUAGGAAGGCCUGGCGUGACAGUCUGGUUAGGAAGGCCUGGCGUGACAGUCUGGUUAGGAAGGCCUGGCGUGACAGUCUGGUUAGGAAGGCCUGGCGUGACAGUCUGGUUAGGAAGGCCUGGCGUGACAGUCUGGUUAGGAAGGCCUGGCGUGACAGUCUGGUUAGGAAGGCCUGGCGUGACAGUCUGGUUAGGAAGGCCUGGCGUGACAGUCUGGUUAGGAAGGCCUGGCGUGACAGUCUGGUUAGGAAGGCCUGCUGUGCCACAGUCUGGUUUGGAAGGCCUUGUGUGACAGUCUGGUUGGGAAGGCCUUGUGUGACAGUCUGGUUAGGAAGGCCUGGCGUGACAGUCUGGUUAGGAAGGCCUGGCGUGACAGUCUGGUUAGGAAGGCCUGGCGUGACAGUCUGGUUAGGAAGGCCUGGCGUGACAGUCUGGUUAGGAAGGCCUGGCGUGACAGUCUGGUUAGGAAGGCCUGGCGUGACAGUCUGGUUAGGAAGGCCUGGCGUGACAGUCUGGUUAGGAAGGCCUGGCGUGACAGUCUGGUUAGGAAGGCCUGGCGUGACAGGCUGGUUAGGAAGGCCUGGCGUGAAACAAAUACUAACACAGACUUCACUUUGAGCAAAUGAUGGUGAACUUAUAAUUUUUUUGACAAAAUCACCAAAAAUUACUACGCUGCUAAUAGACUAACAAUUAAAAAUUCUCCUUAUGGCAUUUCAUUAGAGAGAGAGAUCAAAGUUACAUUUCAUCAUGCACUGGAGGUAUUGAUACUCCUCAGGGGUUUAGGAAAAGUUCAUUGAGGUUCAUUUAACCUGAUAAAGGGAUAGUAUUCAUACGAAGGGCAUUCUGUUAAAGAAAGGGGGACAUAUAUAGCCUAUCUAAACAGAGGACCUGCCAGAGAAACACAUUAGGGGGACAGACACGUGACUGGGGAGUGCAGAAAAGGGCUCUGAUAGGCUUACCUGGUGACAAUGUCAUCCUGAUAGGCUUACCUGGUGACAAUGUCAUCCCUGAUAGGCUUACCUGGUGACAAUGUCAUCCCUGAUAGGCUUACCUGGUGACAAUGUCAUCCCUGAUAGGCUUACCUGGUGACAAUGUCAUCCCUGAUAGGCUUACCUGGUGACAAUGUCAUCCCUGAUAGGCUUACCUGGUGACAAUGUCAUCCCUGAUAGGCUUACCUGGUGACAAUGUCAUCCCUGAUAGGCUUACCUGGUGACAAUGUCAUCCCUAAUAGGCUUACCUGGUGACUAUGUCAUCCUGAUAGGCUUACCUGGUCAUUAUGUCAUACCUGAUAGGCAUACCUGGUGACAAUGUCAUACCUAAUAGGCUUACCUGGUGACAAUGUCAUCCCUGAUAGGUUUACCUGGUCACUAUGUCAUCCCUGAUAGGCAUACCUGGUCAUUAUGUCAUACCUGGUCAUUAUGUCAUACCUGGUCACUAUGUCAUCCCUGAUAGGCUUACCUGGUGACAAUGUCAUCCCUGAUAGGCUUACCUGGUGACAAUGUCAUCCCUAAUAGGCUUACCUGGUGACUAUGUCAUCCUGAUAGGCAUACCUGGUCAUUAUGUCAUACCUGAUAGGCAUACCUGGUCACUAUGUCA